UAUCCACGUUGGAUGGUGUGGGAGAGUUAACUAGCCUGGUGCCAGAUCUGUAUGUUCUUCAACUCAUCUGACUAUGAUAACGACCAAACACGGCAAAGAGUAUUUAGCUAAAGCACAAACAGAUAUGAUUCUUCCAUGUCAGAGAUGAUUCCAUGUUCUGUUUUGUUGUCCUCCUCCUUCCAUCUUUCAUGCAUGCUUAUAUCCAAUCUGUUGAGCUUUUCAUUAUCACCCUCCCCCCUCACAUUCCUCCCCAAUCAUUAUUAAAACCUGUUAAUAAGGAGAUGGGGUGGAGGUGGGCUGUGUUGGCACGCUAAAGAGUAAUGAGACAAGGGAAUAAGUUACGUGUUUGUGUAUGUGUGUUUCCGUGUGUGUGUGUGUCAGUGUGAGUGUACCGUUGCACAAGCGUGAGCGUGCAUGUGUGUGUGUGUGCAUGUGUCCGUGUGUGGUGUGAGGGUGUGUGUACAAUAGCCCUGUGCAGCGUCCUUUAGUGACAGAUGGUGGAGGACCUCAGUCAGAUUAAUAGGCAGAUUUUCCAUCCAAUGGGAUCUGGCCUGCAGGGAAGGGAGGGUGUGGUAAAAAUAGGCUGACUGUAUAACUUCCUAUGUCAGUGUGUGCGAGUGUGUGUAUCUGCAUGCUUGUGUGUACAACAGUAUGUUAGCGUUCAGGUACACAAGCGCUGGUUUACAUUACUGUACACCCCCCUGUAGAAUUGUAGUACUGUAGCCUGGGCCGUAGAGAAUAACUUAUUUAGUAAAACAGAUAUAUCAACCAAACAUGUUAUUUUACAUUUCUUGUAUUUUCUUUAUACAAAAGCGCACAACUUUAGGUGUCGGAGUAACCAUGGCAACGGGUGUAGCGCUGUAACCUGGCAAUAUAGCUGCAUUGAUUUGCAGUUUGUGUUGCUUUGUCAGCAGCCUGCAGUGGUUGGAGGAACAUUGGAGUGCAGGAGACACAGCAGAUGGUGAAACCAGUGUCAGAUCUUUGCCAUCUUUGCUUUCUCGACAUGCGGCAGCUACUCUGGCAUGUUCAAGAUGAGUGUGGAGUGUAAAAACCGGUCAGAGAGUGACCUGAGCAUUGAGGUGAAGUUUGAGUAUCCAUUCAGGCUACAUCAGGUGUACUUCGAUGCCCCAACCUGUAAGGGGGGAAACCCUGAGCGUCUGUUCCUGAUCGGAGACUACUCCUCCUCAGCUGGGUUCUUUGUCACCGUCGGUGUCUUCUCCUUCCUCUACUCCAUGGCAGCCCUUUCUGUGUAUGUUUUCAUUCUGGAGAAAUACCGUGAAGGCUGCAAGGGAGCCCAGAUUGACUUUGUUGUGACCUGUGUGUUCACCUUCUUCUGGCUGGUGGCUUCUUCUGCCUGGGCUAAGGGUCUGUCGGAUGUGAAGGCAUCCACCGACCCAGACAAGGUUCUCUUGCUGAUCGAGGCCUGCGACGAACCGGAGAACCGCUGCCGUGAAGUCCAUGACCCUGUCGUCUCUGGUCUCAAUACAUCUGUGGCAUUUGGCUUCCUGAACCUGAUCCUGUGGGGAGGGAACCUGUGGUUCGUGUUCAAGGAGACUGGCUGGCUGGCAGCUUUUGGCGGCACAUACGCACCUUCCCAGGAGAAAGCGCCUGCCCCAGAGUCCUUCGGCCAGGACGGCUAUGGGCAGGAGGGCUAUGCACAGCAGGGGGAUGCCUAUACCGGCACCCAGGGAGGCUACCAGCCCGACUAUGGCCAGGGCGGCUACACUGAGGGAGGUGGAGACUAUCAGCAGGGGGGAUACGAACAGCAGCCCACCCCCUACGCCAAUCAGAUGUGAGCUGGUGCACCCUAUGGCAGCUGGAAGCUGGGGCCACCAUGUGAUUUAGGAGUGUGGUGCCUGACCACCACCCACAAUUCCACACUCCUCUGUUUGUCUGUUUGUGCAUUUGUGAGUUGACAAGAGGAGGAAGGGAGGCAGGCAGCGAGGGAUGGAGGAAGGUGGACUCUUGGAAGGGGAAGUUAUCAACACCGUGUCCCUUGGGAGAGGGUUAUUUUGUUGAGGGGGAAAUGGGUCCUUACUGUAACAUGCUGUUUAUUCUCGUGAUGUAUUUAACUGUGGAAGACAACAGGGGAUUCAUUGACAGUUUGAUCGCACAAGGACAAACUGGAAUACAAAACCAAAACAUGAACAUCAAUCUUUUAAAGGAAUAACACUUAAAUGAAGGACAAUAAUGGUAGUAAUAUUUAACGUGGGAGAAUGUAUUUGUCUGUGCUAUGUAAAUAUCAACAUAUUCAUAUAGAAAUAUAUGUACACAGUUGAAUAAUUGUGCACUCCAUAUUAGUUGUUAUACAACAAAUGUAGAGAACAGAGUUAUUCAGUUGUAUUUACUUCAGUUCUGUUUAGGAGCUCACAUAGUUCAACCCUCGUUGUUUUUUAAUAUUUAUGUUUUGUGUUUAUUUUAUUUCUCCAUGUGUGUUUCUUUACAUUUUCAGUUUAUUCCGUUUCAGAAUAGUUAUUUUCUCAUUGUGCUUUUUUAUUUGUUCAACAUUACUGAAUGAGUUUAACGGGAUAGAGUAGAGAAGAUGUGAUGGCAAAGGAUGAAGACAAAAAAAGAAAGCAAAAAGAAUGACGAAUUCAGAGAGAGAGUAGAGAAGAAUGAGAGAGGUGUUAGCAGUGAUUUAUGCAUUCAUUACAACUUGUAUUCAUUGUCUUUUAUAUUUUUCCAUUUAAAUAUUACUCAAGGAUUUAGCUAUGUUUGUUGAGAAAAGCUGAAAUGCAAAAAGGAGAAAAUGCAUCUAGGAUAAUGAAAAAGUAGUUAGCAUGGUAAGAAUUGGUAUUCUGCUAAUACUAUGCUGUUCCUAAAAACUGCUGUACAUACUAUGCUAUCAAUACUUUUAGUUAAAGAUGAUUUGAGGUUGUGAAGUCAACUGAUGUUAAGGGGAUCUUUAUUUUUAAUGUAGUUUAAAACUUGGCGUCAGAUAGAUUGGGCCCAGAACCUUGUCAUGUUUCGAUCAACUAUUUAUCUAGUCUAGAGAUGAGUCAUAAGACAGAAUAAGUAAUCAUGUUUAUUCACAAUUUAUUUUGGUCAUCUGAUCAAAACGCAUCCAUAUAUUUUCAGAGAACUAAAUCAGUAUGGCACAAUGUGUCAUUUUCAAGACCAUAUACAAGCCAUAGAAAAUAAUUAUUUUUUUACAUAUUAAUAUAGCCAACUGAGUUGUCCUGAACUGUAUCUUGUUUCCAUAUACAUAAAAUAUCCUGCAUCCCCGAUCCCCCCAACACCCACACAUUCACUCUCAAAAGCAGGUUUUGCAUGUGUCUGACUCCUGGAGUUAAAGUACCCUGGAACCAAAUUGAGAGGGGGGAGGGCAAGUGGCAAGCAAGUGUUACAGUAAUAGUAUGUUUGGCUCAUCAUAAGGUCCCAGCACAGUGCAGCUCUGCUAUAUUUUACACAAAGUACAGGGACUGCACAUGUUGCAAUGGUCACUCUUUUCAAGGUCAUGUAGAUAGGCUGACCUGCCAUACUGCCAAUCCUCUCUUUGGAUAGAAGAAAAACUGUAUUGCCAAAUGGAAACAGGGCAGGGGUGUCUUGAUCGAUAGAUUUUGCUUCCACAGUUAUCACAAUAAAUUGUUUUUCAUCCAUGUUAUUCCAUUAUGCAGUUUUGGAUCCAUACGUUUAUUUUUUUACCAGUCGGUGUAGAGGCACCUCACUUUCUCUCCCUUCUCCUGUGUUCUCUCUCUCUUUCCAUAUCUUUCUAUCUCUCUCUUGUAGCUCUUAUAAAUAUGCUCAAUGCAAUAUGUAUAGUCUGUCGUUAGUGGUGAAUGAUGUCUUGUGAUACUCUCUACGCCUUUGGACAGUUGUGUUUAUUGUUUAUGAUGUAUUCUUAUUACUAUUUAUGAUAAUGACUAUUACAAUUCAGAGAAAAAAUAUCCAAGAUUCUCCAGAAUUCUAUUGUAUUCUUAUUUUAUGGAAUCCCUGUGAAACAAAAUCAAAUAAACUUGACAUUCUGUUGAAGGUUAAA